CGAGUUUAAAUUAUAACCAUCAUGAAGUUUUUACAGUUUAUUUUAAUUGCUGUAAUGUUAAUUACCAUCGAUUCCAAGAAUUUCACUAAAAAUAUAUUAUUUGAAAAUUGUAAGGACACUGAUUGGUGGGUGAAAAAUAUUUCUCCAUCAUUGCCUGUUGACAAUAAAAUUAAUUUCGAAGCUGAAGUAGGGUUUGGUGAAAAAACUGCAAGUUCUGGUCAUUUAAUAAAAUAUACAUUAACAAACUGUAGCGAUUUAUGGUGCAAAAGUCAUGAAAAUUUAACUGUCGAAGGACUUAAUUGUGCAUUUAAUAGUACGGAAGUUAACAAAGAACCUUGUUUAAUAGCGAAGAUUUUGGUAGACUGGACACAGAAUGCAACCAAUUUAAGAAAUUUGAGUGUGAAAAAAUUGAAAAAUGGCUGCGUCAAUUAUGACGUACCUCAGCCGGUUGAAAAAAAACCAAAUUCACUCACUCCUGGGUCGUUAUUUGAACCGUUUAUUAAAAACAUUCCAAUGAAUCCUGCUUUGGUAAAAUAG